AUGGCCCUCAAUGAUGAUCCUUCUGUUUUUGCGGGUGAUGAGGAUGAGGUUCUGCAUAUUGGAGAGGUGGAGAUUGACCCAACGCUUGUAGCUGAUGUAUGGCUUAUUGGAAGAGUUCUUGCUCCACAUACUGUCAGUCGCGUGGGGUUCAUCAGGUGCAUGGAGAAGCUUUGGGAAUCAAGGAGCUGCGAAGAAGUUCGCAAUGUGGGGGGGAAUCUGUUUGCUUUCAGGUUCAUCUCAACCAGCGCCAGGGACCUUGUCCUCCGAUCGGGUCCUUGGUUUUUCGCUGGCUUCAUGAUCGCCCUGAACGUGUUCAAUACCAGCGUGGAUCCGAACACAAUUCCGCUGAACCGCGUGCCGUUCUGGGUUCAAGCUCUUGGACUGCCGUACACGUACAGAUCUGAAAAACUCGCCAGAAUUUUGGGUGGUGCGUUCGACGGUUUCCUGCGAUGGGACAAAUUCUUUGGGCUUGGCCUACGCUUCAGAGUGUGGGUCAAUGUCGAGACACCACUGAGGAAGGGAAAGAAAAUAGCAGCGGUGGGUAGAGAGCUGUUUGCUGUCCGUUUCAAGUAUGAAAAACUAGUGAAUUUUUGCUAUCGGUGUGGCCGGUUAGAUCAUAUUGAAAAGCACUGUGAGAUGGAGGCGCUGCUAGUUCCAGAGUUCGGACCAUGGAUGAGGGCUGAAGGGGAUUUUGGUGGAGGAGGCCGCCGGAAUCAGAACUGGAACCGAGAGGAAGAGAAAGACUUUGAGAUUGAGGAAGAGCAUGCACAAGAGGAGGAAGAUGAGGUAAGGGAACUAGAGGAGAAAAAUGAAACCGAGGAGCAGGACCAGAAACUAAACUCGAAGAAUGAUGAAAUUAUGCAAGGGGAUAAUACUCAAAUUCCAUCUCCUACCAAAGCCACGUUGUCUAAUGUAGAAUUAGUGGAAGAUAGUAGCCAAGGUGGAGGAAAAAGUGCACAACAAGAGGUGAAGGGAAAGGAUAGGAUGGGGAAAGAGCCACUGCCAUUUAAUUUUGAUAGCAAAAAAGUAUACAAUUCUGGGGGAAAACGUGCGCUUUGGAAGGGAAAUAAUACAGGUAUACAAAUCCGUGACAAACAAGAGCCGGGAAAUAAUUCCAGGAAGAGAGCUACGGCUUCUUCUCUGGCUGGACACUUGCCUACAAGUGUGUCACCACCUUUUAAAAAAUCUAAUACUGAUUCUGGAUUGGGGAUGGCGGCGACUGCGGAGCAGUCCCGCCCACCUCAAUGA